CCUACUCCACAAUAAUCGGCACCCCAAACCACGGCACGUCGUCAGGCGAUCCGGCCAGAACCAAGAGCGCACCACCUUGCCGUACAUGGCGGCCGCUCCUGCCACGAUGGUGCCACGCUUGAAGUUGGGUUCUCAGGGGAUGGAGGUCUCGGCGCAGGGCCUCGGCUGCAUGAGCAUGUCCGCCUCCUUGUACGGCCCGCCCAAGCCCGAGCCAGACAUGGUCGCGCUCAUCCACCACGCCGUCGCCGCCGGCGUCACCCUGCUUGUUGAGAUACAUAUCCUUACAUAUCCGGAUGUGUAUCUUCUGUAGUUAUGUAUAGCGAUAUAUAUCUUUGUAUUUAUUAUUGAGCCCGUCUCCUUCCUUGUAUAGUCGAGGACGUGGCCUAUAUACGUAACGCCAUAUGCACCCAAUCAAUACAUUGUGAGUUGCAUC